GACAUGAUCUCCUUGAAAAAUUAAGAUAAAUUAUUUUAUCUGAAGUGAUUCAGUUUGAGUGCUACAAAAGACUUAAAGUAAUUGUCAAACCUAAUAGUCAAUAAACUGUUAGGUUUAAUUUCAUUUUUAUGCUGCCUUUAUUAAUCCUCACUGUAAUUUAUUUGUUUCUUCAAAUAAAUUUAAGGCACUGAACGAGAAUGGCACUGACGGUGUCAAGUGACUUGUCUGUGUCUGUAACUACAGACCAGAAUGUUAAUAAAUUAACAGACAUGCAGGAGGUACUUAAAAGGAGAAUACAGAAAGGAGAAUCAAAAUCAUUGGGGAUUUCCCAGGUCAUGCUUGGAUUUAUGAUCAUCUCUUACUCUGUGCCACUGCUCUCUUCCGAAUUCACAGAGGUUGUCAUGUUUGGUGUGCCGUGGUGGAGUGGUAUAUCCUUUGUCAUUGCAGGUACUGUUGCUCUUAUAAUGGAAAAACAUAGCAGUGUUUCUUUGGUCUUUAUAUGCAUGGUGUUGACACUGUUCGCUGCAGUCAUCUCGGUCAUUGCAAUAAUUAUCUACAUGGUUGAUAUUGUGAACCACCCUCAGACUACUUGCCAGAGCAACACAAUGCCUAAAUGUGGUGUAGAAUAUCAUCUCACGAGACUCAAUGUAGAAGUGAAGUCAAUUCUCAUGUCCCUCAGCAUGGUUCAAACUGGCAUCGCUUCUGCUUUUGCAUUAAUUCUGUACAGAGAAAGGCAAAAUUUUAACAACUACAUGUUUGUGAAUUAAGGAUGUCCUGUAUUUGAAAAAACUGACAGCAUUGAACUUCAAUCAACUAACCACCACACAUCUUUAUUUUUUACAUAUUUCUAUAAUACAUUAUGUUCACUUAUUCUUAGAUAAAUUGUACUAUAUAAUGAACAGUAUGUAUUAAGAUGCAUUAGACAUUUUGUUAACAUUUUAUAAUAUAGGUUAUAUACAAUGAAUCUUUCAAAAUUGCAACAGAGCUGCACUAAAACAGUAUUAAAUGAGUACAUUUCAGCUGCAUACAUAAUUCUGGCCCAGUUUUGCUAGUUUCCUUGACUGUACAGUACAAGCUGUGUUAUGUCCAUUCUUGCAGCUGGUGGCCUUCAAUCUUCCAAAAUUCUUUCACAAUUCCCUACAGAAUUUCUGGCUCUCAACAACAGAAGUACUUAGCUCUUCUGCUGGAUUUGUAAUGGGAAACAGUCUACUAUUGUUGUACAGUAAAUUGUCCCAAAAUUUCUUAUAUUCUCCAAAUAUAGAGAUGCCAAAUAUGAAUGAUCACAUUCAGUUGUUAUCUACAGCGAAUUAGUUUUGUGUUGUUUUUCUUUAUUACAAUUUAUUGAUUUCUAUCUUUGUAUGGAAAUUUCUGAGAGAACAAUUUCAUAUUUUUUUUAAUGUUACAAUACUAAUUUUCAUAUAAUGCAUUUAUAAUGUAAACAUGUUUUAUUAAAAAAUGUCUAUAA